CCUUCCGCUAAUCAGCUGACUUGAGAAAGAUGCUAGCAAGGCUGAAUUGAAGAACCUCUGAGUCUAAACGCCGCAAUUAUUAUCUAUAAUAUUUAUUACUUUUCUGUGAUGUGAAUGGGAAUCUGCAACCUUUUGACUGAAUCGCACCGAGUCAAGCAAACGGUGAAGCUUGUUCACGUUCCGUGCUCCUCUGCUCCUCCUGCUUUAGUUGAAGCAUCCUAGCAGCCUGAGAGCAGCAACCAUGACGGAAUUCUGGUUGAUUUCGGCGCCAGGCGAGAAGACAUGUCAGCAGACGUGGGACAAGCUGAUGGUGGCCACCACGCGCGCCAACAACCUCUCCGCUAACACCAAGUUCAACAUCCCUGACCUCAAGGUGGGCACGCUGGACGUUCUGGUGGGUCUGUCGGACGAGCUGGCCAAACUGGACACGUUUGUGGAAAGCGUGGUGAAGAAGGUGGCUCAGUACAUGGCCGACGUCCUGGAGGACAGCCGCGACAAAGUGCAGGAGAACCUGCUAGCCAACGGACUGGACCUGGUCACUUACAUCACCAGAUUCCAGUGGGACAUGGCCAAGUACCCCAUCAAGCAGUCGCUGAAGAACAUCUCCGAGAUCGUCUCCAAGCAAGCGACGCAGAUCGACAACGACCUGAAGGCCCGAGCGUCGGCGUACAACAACCUGAAGGGGAAUCUGCAGAACCUGGAACGGAAGAACGCGGGGAGCUUGCUGACCAGGAGUCUGGCCGACAUCGUGAAGAAAGACGACUUUGUGCUGGACUCGGAGUACCUGGUCACCAUGCUGGUGGUUGUUCCCAAGGCGAGCUUCGUCGACUGGCAGAAGACGUACGAAACCCUGGCGGAGAUGGUGGUGCCGCGCUCCACCAAGUUGCUGUUCGAGGACAACGACAGCGGCCUGUUCAGCGUCACGCUCUUCCGGAAGGCCCUGGACGACUUCAAGCACAAGGCCAGGGAAAACAAGUUCACCAUGCGUGACUUCCAGUACAACGAGGAGGAGAUGAAGGCCGACAAGGAGGAGAUGACGCGCUUGUCCACUGAUAAGAAGAAGCAGUUUGGCCCUCUGGUACGGUGGCUCAAAGUCAACUUCAGCGAGGCCUUCAUCGCCUGGAUCCACAUAAAAGCGCUGCGUGUGUUCGUGGAGUCGGUCCUGAGAUACGGUCUUCCGGUGAACUUCCAGGCCAUGCUGCUGCAGCCCAACAAGAAGAACAUGAAGAAGCUGCGGGAGGUGCUCUACGACCUGUACAAGCACCUGGACAGCAGCGCCGCCAUCAUCGACGCCUCCAUGGACAUCCCCGGUCUGAACCUGAGCCAGCAGGAGUACUACCCGUACGUUUACUACAAGAUCGACUGCAACCUGCUCGACUUCAAAGUUUAGAAGCGUCGUCACGGUCGCGACGGUUUUACAUUCCCGCCCUGUUUUCCCUGCUCAUCUUUGUCUAACUUAUGUUCCGCAUUGAAAAGUCAAGGGGGAUCAAAAAAGGUGACGAAAUAGUGGCUGUACAACCUUCCAGUUUUUUCCCUCCCGCCAUCCAAAGACGUCGACAAUGCUGCAUUGUUAUCGUCGCUUCAUCAAGUGUCAUCAUAACGGUGCAAAAAUGGAGAUGUAUAUGAUAAAUAUAGUAUUUAUUUUAAGCCUCGAAAGAGUCAGUGAAUAUUUUAUUUGACAGUGACGUGUGUUUUUAGCGUGUUUGUGUACAGUUAGAUGUUGAUCAUCGCCUCGCGUCCUCUCGUUAAAGAAGCAAUAUAUUGGCUGACGGCGCGCGCUCGUUAAUUCUGCAUAUUGAUCGGUCGUCUGUCUUUUGCGUGGCUGCUGUAAUGUCGCUCUAACAUGAGUCAUGUAAACGUUUGAAAAGAGAAUAAAAAAAUACAUGCGAAAAUAA